AUGGACGCUCAGGGUUCUAGUGGCCUCUCAGUUAUAGGGGACAGUUCUGUGCUCUUGGAAGUAGCGGGGGAGUUCACUGUGCCCAGUGUGAGCUCGAAGGAGGAGCUGCAAGAGAUACUCAUGUCCAAUAAAUACGUAUUAGAUAUGCGGCAAACUGAGAUCCGAAUGAGUGAUUCAUUGAGGAGAGAGGUGUAUGAGGCCCUGGGAGUCGAGGAAAUAGACGGGACUGACUUGUUGAAGAAGUCCAUUUUGCUGAGUGGGUCCAUCACGAACGCGCCGUCGGGGACCAACGAACUCGUGCGAUGCUUCCUUCGUAGAGGCUCGAGGGAGCAGCACUUUAGCCUGCUGAGGGAGCUAGCGAGGCGACGCAGAGCCGAUCUGGAAAGGGAUGCUACAAAGAAAGGUGCUCCUCGACAGCAGCGAGUUGGGGGCGGCAAGAUAGCUAAAGAGUCUGUUGACCGCCAGCUACAGAGUGCUGCAACUGUUAACACACCAGGCGUAAUUCAUGUUAGGCAGGGAUAUACACCAGUAGCAGCUGCAUCUGGUACUGUUGGGAAAAAGGAGAGCAAAGAGGAAUUAAAGACGAUAGGACCCACGCAGGGAACAGCUGUGGCUGUUCGAAGUAAUGGUUUACCGCAGCCGCACGACGAGCUAACUACCUUUAGAUCGGCAACUACAGCUUCGGAACUGGGGACUUUUAGGUGA